GGCAGAUAGACGUUUAGCUCGCUGGUCUCGACUGCCUUGGCCAUCAAACCAGCUGUGUACCGGGUGUGUUUUUGUUGGUCUUGUUGGUUGGUGUAACAUGUCAGCGACCUGUUACCAAUAUUGUAGAACCACGGACUUUGAAAACUGUUCCGAGAUGGAAUGUCUGACUACGAAUGAUGUAAAAUCAGUACGGACUUCUGCAAAAGUGUGUGAAAAAAACGGUACAGAUUUUCUGAAGGUGAAGGAUAACAACGUCGCAGACCCGGAGGCGUCGCGGAAAGGUGGAAAGGAAGGAGAGUGCGAUAGAAAGAGAACAUGCUUCGCAGAAGAGGCUCUGCUGGGAAGGGGAAGAGCGCUACUGAUCGUCGUAAUACUUCUGCUUGUCCUUCUGCUGGCGUUCCCGCUGCUUUUUCCUCUCUUGUCCUUUCCGAAGUCAGAGCCAAAGGUCAUCAGCGAGAGCACAGAUCGUACUUGGCGAAAUGAAGACUACGAAGAACCUGCUAAGAGAAGAGGGUCGCCGUUCCACUCGAAGAAGGAAGGGAAGAUUUGGAUGAGGACAGAACGACUCUUGCCUACGAUCACUCUUCUCUACGACCGCACGACCCGCCCUGUCACUCUUUACCAACCGGAUACAUAUGAGGAUUCGGCUGCCGGCCAGAGAUGGUACUUCAAGGCAGUUCAGGGACACGACGGCAUAGCAGACGUCGAAAUGUUCCUCCAUAGCUCCGUGCAGAAGUUCCAGCUGAUCCUCAAGAACCCACGAGGAUCAACUACUGUACAUCACAUUGCUCUUCAGCCUAAUGCCAAGACCCCGUCCCCCUCGCAUCUCCUCCUCCCCGCCACGCCCGUCGCAGAGCUCACCCAAGGCCUCGAAGCACCUUCCGAUUGCCUGGUGGUGAACCUCUCAUACCACCUCAACGACUGGGUGGCCAGAGGCUCCGAAUUCUCAAUUCUUUUCGAAACGCGAGAGGCAAAUCCUCCUCCUGACGCUGGCGAUAGUCGUGACAACACAAGCUUUUCCCAGCACCUUCGCCACUCCUUGCUGCAGCCCGUCGUCACCGUCCUGGACCACAACACGACGUUUGCGGUUCGGGAGGACGAUGGCCUCGAGGACGCUCUCAGGGAAACUCUUGCCGGAAGGAUGGCUGAAGUGAUGGCUCGGGGGACGGAAGCGGUUGCGACGCUGCCGCCUCUCGGAAGGCGUCGGAGGGAGGCCAGCGAGGAGUGUCAGAUGUCAAUGGUGUCGGUGUCCCUCGAUGAGCUUGGCCUGAACAACGUGGUCUACCCAACGACGGUUGACAUGAAAUUCUGCAAAGGGUCGUGUCACGUGAUCGAUGACCCUGCAAUGUUUUCAACCAAUGCCUUGAUGCGCGUUAAAUACAAGUUUUUACGGUCAUCAGCGUCUGUGCCCUCCCCUCAGUGCACACCCACGUUCUACAAAUACCUCCCUUUCAUCAUCUGGCAGAGCGGAAAACUGAGGAAAAUCGGCGUUAGUGAUCUCGAUGCUACCAUUUGUGGGUGUCGAUGAGUUGUUGUUAUAGCAGUCGCUGGUUACGUGAAUCGUGUAUUCCAGUGUUGUCCAAACAUUUUCGCCUAUUGUACCCUUUAUUACCUUCUUGUACUGUUACGUAACCCCCCCCCCCUCGUCCACUAAGGCUAAACAAACUUUUAAUUGGGAUAAUGCAAAUACUAUACUAAUUAUGAAAAGACUGCAUCGCAAGUGUUGGUUAAUAAAUUCGAAUUUAAUACACGAAUAAAUUC